AUUCAUAGCAAAAAAAAGCUCCAGAAGCUGCCCCCAGAGCUCCAUAUACCUCCAGAUACAAUGCCGCCUACUCCACGACGAAGCAAGAGGACCAAGGCCAACCACGACCCGGAGCCUGAACCUCAAGCAAAGAAGCAGCGGCUCACAGAAGAAGCUACUGCUCCAGGCAAUCCAAAUGUGUAUCCUCAUCCUGAACCCCAGUUUGUCCACUUCCCCAGCCGGCGCUCCGUGAUACACAGCACAAAGGGCAUUGUAUCCAGCACCCAGCCACUCGCCUCGGCAGCUGGCAUUGAGAUUCUGAGGAAAGGCGGGAAUGCAGCUGAUGCAGCUGUAGCGGUAGCGGCAGCUAUCAAUGUUACGGAGCCUGGCUCCACCGGCAUUGGUGGUGAUAUGUUCUGCUUGUACUACGAUGCAAAGACAAAGAAGGUCUCGGCGCUGAAUGGAUCUGGCCGCUCGGGGGAGAACGUCACACUUGAGAAGGUCAGGAAAGAUCUUAAUCUCGCGGAUGGCCAGCAUGGUCAGAUACCAAUGGAUCACGUGCUUGCAGCCACAGUUCCCGGCGCAGCAGCAGGAUGGGUUGACUGCGUUGAGCGCUUCGGUAGUGGAAAGGUCAGCAUGGAGGAAGUUCUUGCGCCUGCUAUUGAGCUUGCAGAGAAGGGCUUCCCAGUGUCUGAGCUGUCUGCAACCUUUUGGGCAGCUAGUGAAGCUGACAUUCGACGUGCUUCGCCCAACGGCCAUGAAAUGCUAAAAAAAGACCCGUCUGCCAAAGAUGGCUGCAGGGCACCAAGAGCAGGUGAAAUCAUGAGGAACACAACAAUUGCGAACACGUUCAAGCUCCUCGCCAAGCACGGAAAGAAGGGCUUCUACGAAGGAGAAGUCGCGGAACAGCUUGUAAAGGUGGUGCAAGAUCUUGGUGGCUACCUCACUCUGGACGACCUCAAGUAUCAUGCCGAAACCGGGUCUGAGCUUGUCGACCCCAUUUCGCUGAAAUACACUGGUCAAGGCGUAGGAGAGAAUACUAAUGGCGGUAUCGAACUGUGGGAGCAUCCGCCAAACGGUCAGGGCAUCGUUGCUCUGAUGGCGCUAGGCAUCAUCCAAGAGCUAGAGAAGCAGGGCAAGAUUCCCAAAUGGAGCCUUAAAGACCACAACAGCACAAGCCACCUGCAUGCUCUAAUCGAAGCGCUCCGAAUUGCCUUUUGCGACGCGCACUGGUUUGUUACCGACCCCAACGUGGUCAAGGUGCCUUCAGCAGAGCUCAUUUCAGAAAAGUACUUGGCAGAGCGCGCAAAGCUGUUUAAUCCAAAGAAGGCCAUAUCAGCCCCGGUCCACGGAUCGCCAGCGCAUCUGCAAAGCGACACGGUGUACUUUUGCUGCUCGGAUCAAGACGGCAACGCCAUUUCCUUCAUCAACAGCAAUUAUGGCGGCUUCGGCACAGGCAUCAUCCCCAAGGGCUGCGGCUUCACUCUGCAGAACCGCGGCGCAAACUUUAGCCUAGACAAGGAUCAUCCCAAUGUCCUGGCGCCGAGGAAGCGACCGUAUCAUACCAUUAUCCCCGGUCUGACCACGUUUGUUAACGACGGGAGCUUGCACUCUGUGUACGGUGUCAUGGGCGGCUUCAUGCAACCGCAGGGUCACGUGCAGGUGCUGCUGAAUCAGGAGGUGUUCAAGCUCAACCCGCAGGCUGCGCUCGACUCACCGCGUUUCUGUAUUGGAGCCGGCAUGCCGAGCGCAGACGGAACUAUGACGGACGCGACCAUUUACCUGGAAGAGGGCAUUGAUGCAAAGGUGGUCAAGGAGCUCAAGGCACUGGGGCACAGCGUGGAGCAGCUGAGUGGUUACAAGCGGGGCAUGUUUGGCCGAGGCCAGAUAAUCAGGCGGCAUGAGGAUGAUGGCAUGCAGGUUUGGAGCGGAGGCAGCGACAUGCGGGGCGACGGCGCGGCGGUGCCGUUGUAAAUCUGUGUGUGCGUUGACAGGUGGCUCGUGGAGUUGGGUAACGUCUAGUCAUGAAUGUAACGUCAGUCAC